AAGGCCAAAAACGGCGAUGUAGCAUUGAAGUGAUGAAAAUGCACGAGACGUAGACGAGACAACGACGACAGCGCGACGACGUUGAAAUCAAUCGAAAGAGAAAAUUUUUUUAUUUGAUCAACAUAUAGUGAAAAAGUGCUUAAAAAGUCGGGAAUAACGUGUGUGCAGUGUUUACGAAAAAACAAUUAAAAUUUUGGGAAUGUGAGAAAAAUUCAUAAACAUUUUUGUAGACGUGUGAAAUUUCAUUGUCGUCGUUGUUGCGGCAGGUGCGCUGAAACGUCGCGAGUUGCGCCGUCGUCGAAAUCGAAACCAAAAACGUCGACACAAAGCAACGAAUAAUAAUUCCCCGUGGAAAAUAACCCCAAAAAAUCAUAAAUAUUUAUACAUUGAAAUGUGUGCUAACUACAGUGCAUAUCGUCCGUUGUUUUGAAAAAUAGAAAAAUUGAAAAAUAGAAAAGGUGCUGGGCACUAUAACUCCCCGCCUGAAAGUGCAAUUAACUGUUGAUUUUUGUUUAAAUUUAAUUUAAAAUAAAUAUAUAUUUUCUAUAUAUACGUGUGUGUGCAAUUCUAUAUUGCACCAUAAACCGAAAAAAUUCCGAAGUCAUCGGGUACCACCACGUUACAACGUCUCAAGGCUAAGGCUGCAGGUGGUAGCGUUAAACGCAGUCGUACAGGCAACGCAGCGGCUGGGACCACAGUAACAGCGAAUAACAAUAGUGGUGGUGGUGGUGGUGGAGGAGGUAGUGGUCGUGGUGCGGGCGGCCGUAAAUUUACAACAGCCGGUGUACAACAAUUGCAACGAAGUGGCGGCGGAGCUGGUCAGUGGGCAGCAGCGGCGGCGGCGACGACGACGACGAGUGGUGCAAGUGGUGGAGGUGCAGUUGCCGGACACGCAUUUGCGUCAACGACAAACGAAACCAUUACACAGGCAGAUAGAGAAGCAACAUAUUUGCAUGGUUUUCAAUCGCCAAACUAUCAAACAACAACAACAGCAGCAGCAAACUCGAUAUCCACAAAAACUUCAUAUCAACAACAACAGCAAAAUCAGUCCAAUUAUAAUUACCAGAACGCCCACUAUAACAACAACAACAACAACAAUACCAAUACCAACAAUAAUAAUAACACCAGUGCCAAUUAUUCGAAUUACUCAUCAUCGCCACAUAGAACAACAAGUGCAAUCCCUCACACUAACCACAAAUUUCCCACGGCCGCUACUAGUUCAACAACGAUGAUGAUGACCAAACAUAAAAGUUCGCUGGCUGAACGUCUAAAUAUAGGCGAUGAGGUGCGCGAAUUAAAGCUCGGCUGUACAUUUAAUCCGAAAACAACAACGACCGCCUUUCAUACGAUAAAAUAUGACUUUAAGCCCGCAAGUGUGGACAAGAGCAAAGUAGCUACUGUGGAUGUCGGCUCCAAUAAUCAAGUUACCGUUACCGUGCCAAAUUUAGUAAGUUCCGGUGUGCCUCAUACAGUAUAUAAGGGAAAUCACAGAAAAUAUACAAAAGAAUGUUUAUUGAUUUACGAUCGAAAAACUGGUGGUAUUACAAUCGAAAAGUUAAAUCAUAAUAUUCAAGUGAAAAAGACAAGGAGCGAGAUGACAAACAAGCCAAGUGCGUUGACCGCCAACGUGAAUGCAGCGCCUCAGCAAAAAUUAGAAAAUAGUACGAUGCGCAUCACAUCGAAGACGAAAGUGUCGACAGGUAGUCGGCGAAAUAAUAUAAUUGAUUUUAAGCCACGAAACUCGCCAUCCGCUUCCGCAUCACCGUCUGCACCGCCAUCCAUACAUAAGAGUCCGCAAUCGGCGCCGGCCUGGAACGCGAACAAUACGCAAGCCACAUUGCCCAGCAUUCCAAUGAUUUUCGAUGACGAUGACGAUGGCAUGUUUGGUCUAUCCGCUGCGCUUAGUAAUAGUCAAACGCAUCAUGGUGGUGGUAGUGAUACAGCGAAUAUAUCCUCAUCCUCGUCAGCGUCAAGUCAUAAUAAUUCAGCGCACGAUUAUCUAAUGCAACAGCAUCAGCAGCAGCAGCAACAACAACAGCCCGCGCCGACUAAACAGUCAAAGCAAACACAUCGCAACAAUCAAAAACGGCACAAUAACAACAACAACAACAAUAAUCUCAAUGCAACAUCAAUGUCUGCAAAUCUGUCAGCGACGACGACGACGACGGCAACGGCGGCAACGAGUCGUGGCAAGCAGGCGAAACAGCAAAAUCGCAUGGAGCAACGAACUUCCUCGCCGCAUAACUUUGCACAACAGCAGCAACAACAACAAAGACAACAACAGCACAAUCCCUAUCAGCAGCAGCAACAGCAAUCAAAUGGCAACAACAAUCGCAUGCAACCGAUACAAAUGUCCAAUGGCGGUGUUGGUGGCUAUCAUAACAACAACAACAAUAACAACAGCAGCAACAGUGGCAAUAUGGGUAAUCAUCAUUUGGGCAAUAAUCAAAUGUUCCAACAACAUCAUCAAGCGCAACAGCAACAACAACAACAACAUCAUCAGCAGCAGCAACAACAACUGCAACAUAUGCCAGGCAUGUCAUCGCCCAACGAUAGCGAUGUAGCUAUGGCAAACGAGCUGGCGGCACACUUAGAUCAGAGAAAUCGCGGUCUUAGCUCAUCCAGCUCGAGUUCCAGUUCCGAUUCGAGCGGCAGUGAUUGUGGCAGCGAUUCGGACGAUAGCAGUGAUGAUGAUGAUGAUGCUGCUGGUGACAAUCAGCAACAACAGCCGCCACCGGUGUCGUCGCAUCAAAUGUAUCAAUUGCCAAAUUUAAUGUCAACAUUACCGCCAAUGAAUACAACAACGCCACAAUACAAUCGCAAUACGCCAACAUCGGGUUAUGCGUCCAAUAGUAGUAAUAACAACAGCAACAACAACAACAAUCACAAUAUGAAUAGCCACAUGAGCAAUAAUGGUGCAUUUACUAGUGAUCUGCUGCAAAAUGAUUUGCAAUUAUCCUCAAACUCAUCCGAUGAAGAUGAUUAGUAGUAGUUAUAUAUAUGUUGCUAUAACAAAAAAAAAAAAAAAAA